AUGCCCCAAACCUCUGACAGCUCAGCGCCCCCCACCGGCCUCCCCUCGGCCGUAACCGAUACCGUCGCGGCGCCGACGGCCGACGGCGGCACCGUCGUCGUCACCCGCGACCCCGCGACCGGCGGGGCCGCCGCCGCGGCCGCGGAGCCGCCGCCGCCGCCGCCGCCGGCGUACACGGGCAGCAGGAUCAUCUUUUUGGACGCCUCGAACAACCAGCUGGAGGGCGGCGUGCCCCCCACCCUGUUCAACCUCGGAGUGUUCCACUACAUAAAGGACACGCCCUGGUGA